GUGAGAGGGGGAGGGGGUUGUGGGACCUGGUCUGAAGGAUGGAUAUGGCCGACGCUGAGACCAGAGAGGCGAUGGCCGAUGGUUCGGCAACAGGAGGAGUAGGGGAGGGACAAGUUAUGCCGGCUGACAGAGACAGUGCUGGCGAUGGCGGCUGGGAAGAAGAGGAGGAGGAGGAGGAGGGGGGGUGCACCGCGGAGCAUUCGCUGCCAUUGCCAUUGCCAUUGCCAUCGGCAUUGGCGGGAGACAAUGAGCAAGACGAUCGAGGAGGGGGAGGAGGAGAAUCGGGAGAGGGAGAGUACUUGCGCCAAGAGAGAGAGGGGACACAGAGAACUCAGGAGGGUGGAGGAGGGGGAGGGAAGGGGAGGGGAUCAGAGGGAGGAACGUGGAGGCACCGCGGAUCAGAGCUCGCGCACGUGCAGGAGUUGUGGAGACGUAAACAGAAAAACGAGGAGGAGGAAAGGGAUGACGAGACGACGGACAGCGAGGGCACGGAGGACGAAGAGGGGGCAAGUGGGGAGAUGUCCAGCAGUGCCGCGAGUGAGUGCGUGGAGGAGAGCUCAUCACUGGGGAUGGCCCACGGAGUCGAAAAUGCAGCGGGAAAUGAUCAGUCGCUGCUGACCGACAUGACCAACGACACUCUUGGAGGCGGCGCGGAGGCGAACGACAUCGUCAUUGACGACUACGCGCAGGAAGAGAGCGUAGCCAAGGCCAGUGAUGAAAUUGCCAAGGCUAGUUCUGGCAUUCUGUCUCAUCCAUUAUGUCUUACUUAAUGUCGUCCUCCCGCGCCCGUUAUCCUCCUCUCAUCUCAGUAAAGCAUAUGCCCCAUC